AUGGGUAGAGACGCUGAGAAGUGGGUGGCAGUUUUAAACAGCAUCUUCGAGAAAGAAGGGUUCCCAAGAGCUAUCAAAUCAGAUAAUGGCCCACCCUUUAACGGCUCGGAGUACUCGAGAUACUGUUCAAAACGGGGAAUCCAAACUAUUUUCUCGACACCGUUUUACCCUCAACAGAACGGACUGGUUGAGAGUUUCAUAAAAAUAGUCAAUAAAGCCAUGUCUGCGGCAUUGUCGGAAGGAUUAGGUUAUCAAAAACAGUUACAAGCUGCAGUGCAGGCUUACAACUCUGCAGACCACACGAGCACUAAAUUACCACCAGAAGAAGCUAUGAUGGGUCGAAAAAUACGCCGGAACUUACCUUUAUUGUGUCCGGGGAAACCCGACCAUAACGAUACCUUUUUGGAAAUAAGCGACCGUGAGGCAAAACUUUCUUCUAAAGCCCGCGAGUAUAAACGUCGUGGCGCCCGAUCAUGUAAGGUUAAGCCAGGCGACACAGUGAUUGUAAUGAGGCAAAUGAAACCCAAAGGUGAACCUAGAUUUGAGAAAAAUCGCUAUUUGGUAAUCACAGAAAAACAUGGUACCUUAUCUCUUCGUGACACGGACAGUCGGUUGAUUCAAAGACAGGUUACCCAGACGAAAAAGGCUCAUUCUUGGAGAUCUCCUACACGCGGUCCUUCUGGUAACACGACAGGUGGUUCCGUAGCCGUUCCUAGUCCGAACAAUCCGGCCAUUGAGCGUCCGACACGAGAAAGGAGAGCUCCGCAGUAUUUGGAUGACUACGCCCGAAUGGUCCAGGAAAAUCGCGAUUCUUAA